AAAUAGUGUGAGGAAAUGUGUUUGUUUAGGAACCAGAGACAUGGCCGUAUCAAGCAGCUCUAUAUCCGCACAUUACGUUGUAGCAAUAUCCGGGCUCUCCAGGGUUUUACGUCAUGCUCCUGCAGACUGUAUGGUGAAGAAGCAGUGAUGGAGAACAGUCCGACAAAGAGAUGCCGGAGCAGAAGCUCAAGUACAUCUCGCAGUAAGUCGUUUAAGAAGAAGAAGAAAUCUAGAUCACGUUGCAGCAGUCCUUCUCCUAUCAGGAAACCAUCCUCCCUCGCCAAAUACCAUUCACAGUCCCCGGAACGAAGUAAGAAAGGCAAAAGAAAAAGGAAAAUGAGAAAGAGGAAGGCUAGCACUUCAUCAUCUUCGUCUUUUAGUAGCUCAAGUUCUUCCUCAUCUACCUCAUCGUCAUCAUCUUCUGGCUCAUCCUCAGAUGACUCUAGUGACAGUGACAAAAAGUAUAAACAAAAGAGCCGCCCCAAAAAGAAAGCAAAGAGCAAUAAAGGGAAAAAGAAAAAGAAAGUGAAAAAGAAAAGCAAAAAAGUGAAGAAGAAAGAUGUAGCCAGCACCCAAGAUAUCAAACCCAAAUCACAAGAAUGCUUUCUUGGCCCAUCUACAGAUUUGUGGCAGAAAGACUCUGUUGAAGACUGUGGUCCGGUUCUGACUGAUGAACAGAAGACCCGAAUUCAAGCGAUGAAGCCGAUGACUAAGGAAGAGUGGGACGCACGGCAGAGCGUUAUCAGGAGAGUUAUGGACCCGGAGACCGGAAGAAUGAGAUUGAUUAAAGGAGAUGGUGAAGUUCUUGAAGAAAUUGUAAGCAAAGAACGGCACAAAGAGAUCAAUAAACAAGCUACACAGAACGACGGCCUUGCUUUCCAAAUCCGAUCUGGGAUGUUCUAGACACAGGCACUUCAAGGAUGGAUGCUACAGAAUGUGAAUCAUGUCCAUGUUUUUAGUUAAAAGGCAGUUAUUGUUUAUAUGUCA